CCGAUAUACAAAUGGCUGCAUAACACGUAACCAAACCUGGCAAGCGUCAGAGCCCAAGUCACCCAUAGCAGUGUUAAUCGGCAGGGUGACGUGGUAAUAGCGCUUUACCACGUCGAUAAUGCUUGGAGAUUAAUAUGGGAAAGGGUACCGGGGGUACCUAUCCUAUAGGUAAGUAAAGUAGAUCCCCCGAAGCCAAAAUGUCCACCUCCAGAUUGCGAUCACAACCCUCUCCGGGCAUCAUGUCCUUGAUAACACCAGCCUUAUUUUUCAUCGCAGCAUUGUCUGGAAGCUACCUAUUCUCAUUCAAAACCCGGCAUUCAAGACGUUCGAGGACGCGCGAUCUAGUUUCGACGCGCGAUCUCGACUAUGAGUCGGAGGAUGACAGUGUCAAUAACAACGAACGCGACACUGGGCGCGACAAUGGCGGUGAACAGGAACAUGACCAUAUGGCGGCCAGCACAGAAUCACGACAACUUGUCUAUGACUCAGGAAAUGACGACGAUUUCCUCAUAGUACUGGACAGGCCUCAAUUUCGGACGCAAUUUGGUGUCAGAUCGGGCGCGGCGGUCCGUGGAUAUCCCAGCUACGGAGGCGUCUAUGUCCUCCACUGCAACGCGGUUGAGCUCGACUUUCUAGGGCUCGACCGCUUUCACAUCGCGAUGAGAGCGCUGGAUCAAGAAGAGGAGGAUGCGCAUUGCAACAACAUGCGCAGGCUCGGAGCGACGUGGUGGGAGAGCGAAGCAGCCUACCGACAAAAGACCAUGGACCCGGAUCGGUCGGGCGACCCGGUCACGUUUGUGGGAUGGCCGCCAGGAGGCGGCGUCUGGGUCCUAAGAACCACCCACGAAGAUGCAUCGGCGAGAGGUGUCGGCAGAAUCAACAACUGCCACACCAUGGAGGAGCGCUGUCGCCUAAUCAACCACAUGGGCGGCACCUUUUACGAGAACCCGAGAGAGGGUCUAUACCUGGAAUUCUAAACAAACAGAUUCCGGUUAUGACGGCCCCGAGGAUCAUGAAGCUAUUGAAGAUUAUGUGAAAAACGAAGUCUCAUUCGAUCUUUCAAAUCAUCCCCACGGAUACGACCAAAAAAAUUACUGUAACUACUACACGAUGUAUUAUAACGAUGAUUCCCUGCCUCACGGUUGGACAGGAAUUGGAUUUUCGUACAAUUAAACUUGGAUAUGGAGGCGUCGGCGUGAUGUUAGAUAUAAAUACGGUUUCUCGCAUUGGAUUUUGUUAGUUUAGCUAAGUCAAAAUGCCAUCCUUAGCUGAAA